AUGUAUCUUGUUGGUCAUCUUCAGCCAUUAAAUUCCAAAUCCAUUAUACAAUAUCGACGAUUUCGACAAGCAUGUCAUCGCUUACAAUUCAAUCGUGAUCAACUCGAUUCUGAUGAACGAAUAAAAGGUAUGGUCGAUCAAGUAUCUAUUAAUAAUCCAUAUGAAACAUUUGUUGACGUUGCUAAAGAACGUUUUUGUAAUGAUAUUUAUAAUUGUGGACGAAUUGUAGCACUUUAUUUUACAUAUAAGCUUAUCUCAAAAUUAUUAAAAGAUGAACCAUCAUUACUUUUAAAUGUUGUUGAAUGGACUGUACGUUUUGUAAGAGGAACUAUUGCACCAUAG